CAAUAUUGAUUUAAACUGUUCCGGUGUUUACAUUGAAACCUAUCCAGAACUUUUAUCUGUUCUUACAUGUGGAUUUCUUGGCAAGAUGUUCAGCCAGGACAAGUGUCAUUUACUGACUUGAGUAAUGAAACGAGCGACACGAGCCACACAAGACUGUUAAUCGGGACAAUAGAUCUGGACAGGGCGUGGAACCAUGGUUGAUGUUUUUAUAUAGAGCUAUUUAUAGUUAUUUGAGGUGUAACGUACCCUGAGGUAGAAGAUGGAUUAUAGAGGCAACCCUAAUGGAUAUCCUGAUCCCAGGGGGCCACCAGAACAAGUACAGAUGCACUCAGUCAACCCUGGAUAUACAGAGCCAACCCAUGCAGACAAUGGUCGCCCGCCUUAUGUGAUAGACAUGCAUUCUGGUAUCCAGGAUUUAGAAGAUAGAAAUGGUGGGGAGGAAGAUGUGAGGUAUUUACAUGCCAGAGGAAGUCGUCGUAACUGGGCAGCAGAUAAUCAAAGGGAUGCUACUGAUCUCAUAAAUGAACUACCAAGUAGACAAUUAGAGCAAAUAGCAAGUGAUGUAGCUAAAGGCACUAUACGAAGGAAGAAGAGUAAGAAGUCUUUCCAUGGGACGGUGAGGGGACACCAUGACUACAAUGACCUAGCAGCCUCACUAUCACGUGACCCGGAUUUGAUGGAUGAGUUUGAUGGGGAGACCAGGACUACGGAGGUGCUGCGGGAUAUGGCUGUCAAACUCACAGACAAAAAGGAGAUCAGGAACAAUAUUUCAAAUUCCCGUCAGCGUACAUUAAAACGAGGCAUACAAAGCCGUAGGCCGGGCUGGUGGAAGAGGACCAAGUACAGCAUUGGAAUUGGCUGGAUGCACUUCAAGUACCGCUUGGCUGAACUUGCCUACUCCCUGGAGCUGUGGAGGAGUCUGACAAAGAAGAUUGAGGGCCACUUCGGCACUGGUGUUACCUCCUAUUUCAUGUUCCUCAAGUGGAUCUUCCUUCUCAAUAUUCCCAUAUUUUUCCUGACUCUAUGCUUCAUAGUCAUUCCCCAAAUUGUGUAUGUAGAGUUCCAACCAUCAGCAGAGGCUGUAGCUGCAGUAGUUGCUGCUAAUAACAUGACAAACGUGACCACGACGGCACCAGUUGUCACCACUACUGCAGCAUUCACAGGCAGGGAGCUGCUUACCGGAUCUGGUUAUUUUACCAAUACUAUACUGUACUAUGGGUAUUACACCAAUGGUAUUGUACAGGUAGUGGGGGAUACCGAGUACAACAUGAAAUACGCUUAUCUUCUCACUGGAGGGGGAUACUACAUCCUGUGUCUGAUCAUCCUGGCACUAAGCAUCUCCAGGUCCUACAAAAAAAAUUACAUUGAGGCGAGUGGAGUGUUUAAUUUCUACAUUGUCACUAAGGUUUUCUGUAGCUGGGACUAUAACAUCACCUCCCCAGAUGCGGCCCGACUUCAACACAAAAGUUUCUUUAAUGAAAUCAAGGAAUUUUUGUCUGGGAAAAAGUUGGAUGGUGCCAACCGGGAUUUCUCUACAAAGUGUAAAUGGUUUUUUUUACGAGUCAUUACCAACCUCAUCGUGCUUGGGAGCAUAGGAGGUUCAGCUUAUUGUAUAUACUACAUCCAGGACACCGAUUAUAUUAAGAACAGUAUCGUAAUCCUUGGAAAGUUGGCCAUGCCCUUGGUUGCCACGGGAAUCAUCCUUGUGCUGCCCUUUUUCUUCACAAGGAUAGGGAAAUUAGAGAACUACCAGAAACCACAGACCGAGUUGUAUGUGGGGAUGACAAGGACAAUGUUGCUGAAGGCAGCCAUACUGGGUGUACUGGCCUAUUUUUGGUUCAACAGAGCAACAAAAGAAGAUGAACCCUGUUGGGAGACAUCUCUGGGGGAAGAUAUUUACCGUCUAGUGCUGGUAGACUUUGUCUUCACUUUGAUUAGCACAUUUUUUCUGGAAUUUAUUCGUCGAUUGUUGGGUCAGUACUGCUGUAAACGGUUAGGGGAUACAGAGUUUGACAUUGGCAGGAACACGUUGGACCUGAUUUACUCUCAGGCAUUGUGUUGGCUGGGCACGUUUUACUCCCCCUUGCUGUCAUUCAUCAUGAGCAUCAAGUUAUUCAUCAUAUUUUAUAUAAAAGCUGUCAGUGUUCUACAGAACUGUAAACCUUCUGUGAGAGCAUGGAGAGCGGCGAAGAGUCACACAAUCUUCCUCGGAUAUCUCUUCAUUUUCUUCCUCCUGGCAGUUGUUGCUGUAUCUUAUGGUGUGUUGCUCGUGCCCCCCAGCGAAACUUGUGGUCCCUUCCAGGGCCAGGAGCAGGCCUACGACAUUGUGACCACCCUGGUUGACAGUUGGGAGGGGGACCUGGACUGGCUACAUCAAAUCUUUAAACUCGUCUCUUCUCCAGGUUUCAUUGCCAGUGUUUUGGUUGCUUUCAGUGUUGGAACCUACUACAUGAGGAUUGUAAUGGUGGGCCACAAAGAAAUGGUCAAACUUCUGCGACAACAGUUAGCAAUGGAAGGACGUGAUAAGGCAUACCUACUGAACAUGUUACAAGAAGUGAGCCGGUCUAAAAAGGAGAAACUACGGCCAUCUACGGAAAAUCGCAUCUUGUCUCCAACAUCAGCUACUUCCAUGGAGUCCUUGACCUCACCAGGAGGACGGAGGUUUGCUCGAACAAUGGCCGAGACCGCCGCCGCUAACACACCCCAGCAGUCACCGGUCCCUAGCCGCAGGAACAGACGCAUGGACAGCAACGAAAACCUCACUUCACGCUUCUGAUGAGAUGUGCUGGAAACUUUCCGUUGUUUUACUGAUAAAUUUUGAAGAUCUGCUUCAAUGUGAAAGUUCUGCAAUCCGUCAUUGUCUAUUUUAUAUAUUUUAGCUGGGAUUGGACAUCACCUGCAUACUGUCCCUUACAAGUUAUGUGUACUGUUUAGCACAAACAGAGGUAUGGUGUCGUUGACCUUUACUGAAGUAUCAGAUAAAAAGACAUGUGUAUGUUGUUUGUAACCAAACCAGAAUAUCUGAAAAAAGAGAUAGACAUUUUUAUUAGUCUGUGAAAUGAUAAACUUUGUAUGAAAUAAAAAAUGUUUGAUAAUGAUACAGAAAACAAUAUUUAGGGGUUGGAUUUCCCCUCUGAUUCGUACAUUCCUUUGUUCAAUUGAUUAUAUGACUAGAUAGUGUGUAGAUCAAUAGAAAAUGUCAGUCUUCAUUUCUCUGUAUGAGCAAUUUGUCUAUAAUAGACAGGUAUUUCUAUGCAACAGGAUAUAUUUUGCAAAAUGAUGCUUCCAAAUGAAAUCUUCUCCUUAUAAAUGUGUUUUGAGCAAAUAAUUAAAACAAUAUAUGAUAUCACCUCCUCCGAUGUAGACCUGUAUUUAUACAGAGCAACAUCAGUACACUUUGGAUUGUUGAAGUUUGUCAAUAGAUUGUUUGCUUUAUGAAUGUGAGAAUUCUAGUACAGUAUAGUGGGUAAAUUUAGUAGAGGUUUGAUUUGACAAUUUGGCAGGUCCACAUCUAGAUUGUCAAAAUUUAAAUCACUGAAGUUUAAAAUAUCAAUGUCCCCAACUCGUCCAUCUUCAGCAGUUACAUGUUCAGUUUUUUGCUGACAAGAGAACAACUCCUCGAUAGAAUGUCAGAUUCCAUUGGUAGGUGUUUCGCAUUGGGAGUCCAAAUAUACCCAAGAAAUAAGUGGUUGAGAGCAGGUAUAGUGAGCAGCUUGAUACAGGAGUAUACUAUACAUUACAGUAAAGACCCAGUGCCACUCGACAUUGACUGGGAACUAUGGGAACAUUGACAAUGGGAACUAUGGGAACAUUGACGAUGGGAAGUAUGGGAACAUUGACAAUGGGAACUAUGGGAACAUUGACAAUGGCAACAAUCUAUUUGCCAAAUUAUACGACCUCCAUCAGUGCCUGAAUCUGCUGUAAAAGAAAUCCAUAUUACAUGUUAUAGUAGGCCUAGCUUUUUCAGUAACCUGUGCUCAUAUAUAGCCAUGAUGUUUGUAGAUUUUACUAAUAGUGUAUAUGUUACACGGGAGCAUGUACCGCCUUUCCAGCAAUAGCUGUAGGGGAUUUUAUUUGUACAUAAAUGCUUAAGUGCAGGAAAAUGUGUUCUCCAAUAACGUGAAAGUAAAGCUAUGCAAUGAUUAUAUUGUUUAAUUACAGAUAUACCACAAUUUUAUCCAGACCUGACACUUAGUAUACCACAAGUGUUUUUACCACAAGUGUCUUUAUCCAGACCUGUUUUAUAUGUUAUAGGAGUACAAAACAUUCAUAGAAUCAUAAUGAGGAAAUGACAAAUAGGUUCAGUGUGUGUUUUCAUGUUAUCAACAAGUGCCUUCGAGUUUAUAUGUAUUAUAUACCUGAAAUAACAAAGAGUGGAGGGGAGAUCUUAAUCAGUGAGAUAUAAAUAGCAUCAAGGUUGGUUUGGGUUUAUCUGCGAAGAUGUUUUAUGUACCAUAAAAAUCCAUGUAAUUUGCGCACUUUUUUUUCAGAAAUUUAAUACCCAAAGUGGGGGGUGCGUAAAAUACACAGGUAUAAGCAAUUUCAAGUUUUUUUCAUGAAAAGAUCGACGAUUCUGGCAGACCGCCAUCUUGGACACGAGAUAAUCUCCCUUGGUACACGGAACUCAAAGACAAACAAUGAUCAACACAUUUAUUUAUGUCAAACAUCAAUAAAAGAUACAAUUGAUAUAUACGCACACGUGUGUUAUGUUUACAUUAAAUCAGAUAAUCAAAAGAAAACAAACAACAAAAUACACAUUUUACGUAGUUUCUUCUUGGUU